GUAAAAUUCGCUACCAUGAGUACACUGCGUCUGCAGAAGCGUCUGGCAUCUGCUGUGCUCAAAUGCGGCAAAAAUAAAGUUUGGUUGGACCCCAACGAAACAAAUGAAAUAGCAAAUGCUAACUCACGUCAGAAUAUCAGGAAACUGAUUAAAGAUGGUCUGAUCAUCAGAAAACCUGUAGCAGUUCACUCCAGGGCUCGUGUGCGCAAAAAUGCCAUUGCACGAAGGAAGGGUCGUCACUCUGGCACUGGAAAGAGAAAGGGUACAGCCAAUGCUCGUAUGCCACAAAAAAUUAUCUGGAUGAGGAGAAUGCGUGUGCUUAGGAGACUUCUGAAAAAAUACAGAGAAGCCAAAAAGAUUGACAGACACAUGUACCAUCAGUUAUACUUGCAAUGCAAGGGUAACACAUUUAAAAACAAGAGAGUCCUCAUGGAACACAUUCACAAAGAAAAGGCUAAGAAACUCCGAAGCAAACAGCUCAGUGACCAAGCUGAAGCCCGCAGGACGAAGACUCGUGAAGCUCGCAAGAGACGUGAGGACCGUAUCGCACUCAAAAAGCAGGAGCUUCUCAAAACUUAUGCCAAGGAAGAUGAGGCCGCCAAGAAAUAGACUGAUUCAAUUUGUACAUUGUAAAUUAAAAGAUCUAAUUAAAGGCGAUAAGUGGAAACAAGAA